UAUCAGUUUAGUAAGAAAUAUUUGUUCCGAUUUGUAGCGCUCUGUUCUAUGAAUCGCUUCAGAAACACGAAUAAUCGCAGGCAUGAAGAUUUGAGAAAGCGUAGCAAGCGGCAAUGGACCUGUUUACUUACACAACUGACUCCAAACAGGGGUCAGUUACUAUCAGUGAGUGUUCAAUGUACAACCGUGUCAGUCAGUGAGAACGCAAACAUCAGUGAGAUGAGGUUCGUGUGGUGUCUGUCUGUGUUGGUGAUAGUGACAGUGAUCGUGAGUUCCGCUCAUGCUAGGAGGAGCUCAGGCGGUGGGAGACCGAGUGGGAACAGGCUGAGAGGAGUAUCUAGGCCGAGGGCGACCAGAGCACCGGUAAGGCCGAUAAAGACACCGAGACCGCACAGGCCACACAAUUCAGUGAACUCACACUUUUUAGAUUCAGAGAGGGCCGCCACCACCAAUACAAAAACCACACACAAACCUCCACUUAGUGUUCAUGAAACCAACCCUAUAUUAAACCCUAACCACGGGGUGCCAGGCUAUGUUAGUUCUGCACAACACACACCAAAUCUUCCAAAGCAAAACAACACCAAAGAGCCCAUUGGAUUUGAGCGCAUUACUUCAGAUGUUAGAAAUAAUACUAAUAACAUGUACACUCCCAGUGCCCCGCCUUUACCUAUUGGCUUUCCUAACGUCAACCAACAGACCGGAACGGUUGGUCAACAUCAAAGUGUACAUAUUCAACCAGGAGGCUUUAAUCAAACAGUUAAUCAAAUAAAUCAACAUAGUGGAUACCCAGUAACUCAAAUUAAUCAGCAAAGUGGUUAUCUGAACCAACAUGGUACUCCACCGAUCCCUCAAGGUGGUUACUCCAACCAACCCGGUGUUCAACAAACUCAGCAAGGUGGUUAUCUAAAUCAAUAUGGUACUCCACCCUUUCCCCAAGGUGGUUACACCAACCAACCCGGUGUUCAGCCUAAUCAGCAAAGUGGUUAUCUCAACCAAUAUGGUACUCCACCCUUUCCCCAAGGUGGUUACUCCAACCAACCCGAUGUUCAGCCUAAUCAGCAAAGUGGUUAUCUCAACCAAUAUGGUACUCCACCCUUUUCCCAAGGUGGUUACAUCAACCAACCCGGUUUUCAACCAAACCAACCAGGCAAUAACCAUUUUAGUCAUUCCGGAAGUCUAGUGGGUCAGCCCAAACCACCAACCACCUACGGUACUUAUCAGAAUGCUUACUACUUACAGCCAGCGUUAAGUAAUACUGGCCAAGGUUAUCAACCAAACUUAGGAUAUUCAAAUGGUUAUCUUGGGCAAUACCAAGGCAGUUAUCAAGGAUUUGGAACUUUCCCCCGUACAAGCUAUGGAAACUCUAACCCAUGGGGGUCCUCACCAGGCUCUAAUGUAUACAGCUAUGGAGGUUCAUCCUUUGUUCAGUCAAACCCUUACGGUGGCAACCCAUUUGCAUAUACAAGUAACAAUUUAGGAUCAGGUGGAUACGUCAAUCCUUAUUACAAUCCCAACACGUUUGGUUAUAGUAAUAACCCCGGUUUCUUCGGAUAUCAGUCUACAUAUCCUGGAUAUUCUGGGACAUCUACUAACUAUGGAGAACAUAAAAAGAGCCGUUUUAGUGGUUUACCUAUUCCAAUACCCAUUCCAAUCCCCAUCCCUGUUGGAGGUUUCGGAAAUUCAGACGAAGGGUACGGUUAUAUCCACCGUUUAUUAGACGGUUUCUUGAAAAAUAAGACGAUCAGCACAUCUAACAACGAGACAACGUCUGUUUUCAUCCUGAAUAAUUCCACGAUUACCCCUUGUACCACAGAUCUGUUCAUAUAUGACUCACUUAAUGUCACCGUCACAUCCUGCACUGCUGCCAACUGCACAGCGAUUAAAAUCACCAAGACGACUAACGUAUCAGGGGAAGUCACGAUACGGUCUGCCGGUAUUACCAUGUGCUUGGAACCCAAUGCAACUUAUAGCAUUCAGGCUGACCCGGUGUAUCCUACUGUCUCUGAGAUUCAUAAUUACUGGACAAGGGUCUGCCACAUUAACAGCACUGCCAACUUUACAAGAAAUAUCACUGAACCAAGAGCACAAAAUGUGACUAUGAACAAGAUUACAACUGGUCUAAAAGAGCGCCCUGGGCUUAAUUCAUCUACAGCUGUUCCUCUAAAUCUAGAAACUACUAUCGCCUCAUCUUUAAAUGUUACAGUGAAUAAUUCAACUACCGAUGAUUGCUCUGAAAGAAUGCUUGAUAAUCUUCUCAACAAAACUCUCUCAAAAGGUUCCAAUUCUUCUACAGAGAAUUUGCCAUUAGUUGUGCAGGUGUCAACUUUAGAUUCAUCUUCAAGGAACAGUUCUGUUCAGUACGGGAAUUUAACCUUGUCCGGUUUUAAUAAUGCAACCAUCAAUGCCAUGCAGAAUACCACCUUUAACUCAUCUACCUCCAACUCUUCCUUCUGUGAGAUCCUCAACUGUUCCUGGAUUGAGAUGUGUAUGCCUUCUGUCGACACAGUUGAUCGCUGUAACAAAACUGCUUGUCCGUUCACAAGAAAGAGUCACAGGUCUUGUUUAAGAGUGAAGAUGUGUAAAUCUCCUUCUACUCCUAUUAGUGUUUUUGCCACCAUUAAUACUACCAUAUCACAGAUCGACCAGUUUGAAACUAUCACCAGGACUGUCAGUGACUUUGCCAACUUGACGCUGAUUUCUUACAUUCCUCCGCUGAUCCUGGCCAACUGCUCUAGGAACAGCUCAGAGCCGACAUGCAAACCUCCAGACAGUCUCCUUCCAAUCUCCAGUCUGCACCCAAAUAACGCCACGGUGUCCUCUAUCAACGGGACUAGUUCUGCAUCGAGUAACACUACCACAUGGGCUCAUCAGGUUUUCACUCCUGGCGGUACGAACUUCACAACUGUGAAUUUGACGACAACUGAACUUCCCAGCUCAACGUCUAUACCGAUAUGACAGCUCGCUACUAUCGUGUAUAGCUGAACUGCUGAGGAAUGCUGAUGAGAAAACCCACGUCAGUGCUGAACCACUUACCUCCCGCCACCGUGCUGAUUCCUGACAUCGGAUUCUACAAUACCACUCCAAUCGUCAUAUUGACUAUAUUUACUGUGAUAAAUCAUACCUAACAAUAAAUAAAUUUUGUAUUUUUAAUUUCUUUCUCAUACAAUUUUGUAAACUUUGGCUGUUAUAAACAUUACAUUUCAUAUCAGAUUCUGUAGAUAUAUUUAUUUGUUUAAAGUUGGAACUAAUUGUAUUGUUAUUAUCAAUUGACUUUUUAAGUUACAUAUAAACUGGUGUGUAAUUAUUUUAACACAAAAAUAUCUUCUCAUUUUAUGUAUACUGAUUAUAGAAAUAAAACAUUUUUCUUCAUUUA